AAACUUUCCAUUUUAGCAAAAUUUUCAGGUGAUUUCAACAGUGAAAGCAGAGCUCAGCUCACAGUCGUUAGUAGAGCAGAGCAGAGAGCCAAAUGACUCUGUGACUGAAGCACAACACACAUAGACCCUCAUCUUCUUCUUCUUCGUCUCCUUCGUCGUUUCCUGGUUUCUACGAAAUAAGUUUUGUGGGCUGUCUUUGACUUUUCUCAAUGGGAAAAACUCCCGGAAAAUGGAUCAAGAAUUUGCUUCUUGGGAAGAAAUCAUCCAAGUAUAGUUUGUCCAAAGGAAGAGAGAAAUCUACUAAUAAAGGGAAGGCAAUUGUCUCUUCAAAUUUAUCUGUGUCCGAGUUAACUGUGAGUGCUCCCCUAAUAUCACCACCUUUAGUUUCACCACCAGUGGUUGGGACUGGUGCUAGCAAUGCAGUAGACUCAGAGAUCGGUGUAGCUGCCAAAUUGCCAAAUGAUGGGAUUAUUCUUUCAUCUGUGAAGGAAGAUGGCCAAACACAAGCUAUCUUUAGUUCGAAUUCUCAGGAAGAUCAUGAAAUAAUCAAGCAAGAGCAAGCGGCCACAAAGGCGCAAAGUGCUUAUAGGGGUUAUGUGGCUCGCCGUGCAUAUCGAACCCUUAAGGGCAUCAUAAGGCUGCAAGCACUUAUUCGUGGUCACUUGGUUAGAAGACAAGCUGUAUCCACAUUAUUCUGUGUCCAGGGGAUUGUCAAGUUGCAGGCUCUGAUUCGUGGUCAUCUUGCUAGACAUUCUGAUAUUGGGGUUGAAGUGAAUAAAACUCAUCUGGGUGAUUUAUCAGAAGUAAGUGCAUCUUCCCAUGUGGAGAGGCUGUCAAAAAUUGCUUUCGUUCAAAAGCUUCUGGCUUCCUUGCCUACUACUAGUCCUCUACAUCUCCAAUAUGGUCCAGAGGAACCUAAUUCGACCUGGGUGUGGCUUGAGCGCUGGACCAGGUCAUGCUUUUGGGAACCUGUUUUACAACCAAAGAAAAAUCUCGAUUCAAGGUCUCGUAGGAAGCAUGAGAAGGGUCAAACAAUAGAAACUGAAAAAGCCAGGCCAAAAAGAAGUGUCCGGAGGUUGUCGAAUACAAAUGUUGAAAAUGUGUCAAAUAGUGCCACUCCAGAUUCUGAAAAGACCAAACGUAAUUUGAGGAAAUUCUCUAGGCAUCCAGCAAGCUCAGUUCCGGAACAUCAACAAAAUGAAGUUGAGAAGGUUAAAAGUAAUGUAAGAAAAUCUUCUGAUCCCAAGAAGGGGGUUUCUGAUCGGUCAGUAGUCGGUGAUGAGAGAUCAAAGCACAGUAUGAUGAAGAGUUUGGCUUCUGCUGCUCCUGAUGAUUCAGAGCAGGGCACUAGUGAAUUUUCCGAGAAAAUGAAACAUAUGGCAGUUGCAGUGUCAAAACACUCCAAUCUAGAAGGAAGUGUGGAUCUGCUGUCAGCAGAAGAACCAAUGGAAAAGUUAGAUGACCAUCCUUCUGUUGCCGUGCUGCCCAUGGAGAACAAUGUCAGAAAUGAAGACAAUCCUUCUGCUGAGAUGCAACCCAUGGAGAACAAUGUCAUAAAUGAAGACCAUCCUUCUGCUGAGAUGCAACCCACAGAGAACAAUGUCAGAAAUGAAGACCUUCCUUCUGCUGAGAUGCAACUCAUGGAGAAAAAUGUCAGAAAUGAAGAAGUUCAAGCAAUCAAUGAGGUGCCAAACUCUAGGGACCACUUUAUUAGCAAUGAGGAUAAGAAAACAAGCCAGAGAAGGGCUUCUUUCCCUGUGAAGUUUGAUAAUCAGGAGAAUGGUGUUCAUAACACACCAAGAGUCCCAAGUUAUAUGGCACCAACUGCAUCAGCAAAAGCUAGGCUGAGAGGACAGGGCUCCCCCAGGUUUGACCGAGAUAUGGUUGAGAAGAAUGUUAUAACCAGGCGGCAUUCUCUGUCUGCUUCCACCAACACCAAGUUAACUUCCCUUUCCCCACGAGCACAGGGACUGGUUCAAGCAGCUGGCAAAGGAGUGAUCAGAAGUGACAGAUCUUUAUCAUCUUCGAGGGAUGGUUUAGAUAAAGUAAUCCAACCUGAGUGGAGGAGGUGAAUUCCGACGAGGUAUUGCCCCAUGGAAAUAUUUCAAGAGAAACAUAUCAACUCAUUUCCAGUUUCUGGUUUUAUUGAUGUUGUCACCAAAGUAUAGUUGAGACCAAGAUUGAUUUGUUGUGUAAUCAGUGUUUUGAAGUGCCUAGUUUGUUCUCUUACUUAGCAUUAGGGGUUGAUUUGAUAGGUCUUGGUGUUUGGAUAAUUUGUGUUAGCCUUGAUCCUUUGUGAUUUUCCGUGUCAUCAAAUUAUGUACAAAUGUGAGAGCUUCAAGCCUCUAAGUUUCUGGUUUUCUUUUGCAUGUUAAACACUCGGGGUUUUCUAUUGGAAAUUGAUAUUUUGAUGCC